AUGUUCGUAGCGGCAGCCGAGAGCACCGCCCUAUGGCGCUGCAAGUCCUGCGGCAAGGAGGUCUCUAACCGCUGGCACCAUUUCCAUUCGCACACCGCCCAACGCUCGAUCUGCCCCUAUUGCCCGGCCACCUAUAGCCGCAUCGACACUCUGCGCGCACACCUGCGCCUGAAACACGCCGCUCUACUGCUCAAACAU